GCUUCUUGGCAGAAGCAAAGCGAAAAGAUCGCAUCCCAAAUUAUUGCAAAGGUACGCCAGAGCGCAAAUUGUAAGCCUUUUCCUUGAUGGCCGCUCAUUCGAUGGAAAACUUUAAUGAAAUCACAUUUUAAACACCUUAUCAACCGAGCCUUCUCUCUUUCGGCACGAAAAAACAAGAAAAGGGCCGUGCGUGUGUGUGUUUUCGGUACGGGUUUUGUACGGGCGAUGGUGUGCGAGCGAGAAAAAAACAUGGCGUCGGCUGGCCAGGCGCACAUUCUAGUGUUGUUUUGUGCGCGGUUCUCGAGGCAUUAAUUGGCUGGAAUUGAAGUACGGAAAAGUACAGUGAUAUGGUAACAGUUUCGAACGGAACAGAUUGAACCUAGGUGUACGGCAUCAACAUUGCCCUGUGCGGUUUUGCAUCAGGUGCAGCAUCAGUCGGUCGGUCAAUUUGGGCGGGCACUUUGUGCGAGUAAAAACACAGUGCCUGGACGAUCCGGUUGCAUGUAUGUGGUGUCAUUUUGUGCUGCUCUUGGUUUGCGACGAACAUCUCCGCCGGGAGUGUAGAAUGCUCACUGCAAACGGCGCGAGGACUUAAGUAAUGUCAAGCUCAGUGUUCAAAGUGUACGACUCCUCCAGUCGCGAUGGAUUCGCAAGCGAUGCCGGUGCAAGCGGCACUAUUGGCGCCAAGGACGGUGGCUUGAGCAACGCGUCGACCGUUCACGAAGAGCUUAAGCUCGACUCUAACCUGGUCAUAGUGGUCAACAAGGAUGGAUCCGUUUCGGUGGAUCAAGCCACGCUCCAGAGUCUUUUAGCCAACGAAACGAACGAUACAUCCGUCAGCGUAGUUCGAAUUUCGUCACCGACGCCAAGCAUCGAGGAGGAGAUCGAAGAAGAGCAGCGACUGCUGAAGGAAGAGAAGCAAAAACUGGACGCCGAUGCCGACGGUGCCAGCUCCAAUGAAGAUUCGAACGAGGACAGCAGUUCCGUAGCUGGCACCAGUUCUGCUACGUCUAGUGUCGCCGGAAUACCGACGCGCCGGGGUCGUCUAACCGGCAGUAAGAAAAGUUCUGGCACGAUGCUGCUGGGCGAGGAGGACGAUCCGAAGCACGUAAGCCUCACAGUCGAAGCGUACUAUCCGCCUAGCGAAGCGUCCAACUUUGCCGCCCAAGUGCUUAGCCUCACCGGGUACGAGCAUCCGCUGCGCAAGGAAGCGGUGGACAUCGAAUACCUGAAGCAGCUCGUUUCAAACGAUCACUGCUACACGCCGCUUUCUUCCCCAACGCAAAAGCUUCCACCCCGAACCGUGUUGGAUGAUGUUGAUUCUUCGGAGGAAUCCGCGAUAACCACGACAAACAAACCAAAGCCGAACGCCAGCUCGGUCGGUGCCAAGUUUGCUGACGUUCGUAAAGGAAUCGACGUGAAGGUGAAUAAGGCAGGUCCUCCAGCAGCGGCAUCAAGCACGACUUCGACAUUACAGAGCAAACAGCGAAAGCCGGCAACCAGCACCGGUGCUGUCGCAUCACCACCAUCAGAGCAGAAAAAGGCAACCAAGCCCGGUAAACCGAUUGCGAAGCCAGUGCCGGAAGAAGAGGACGAAGAUAACGAUGACGAAGAUUUCGAUUCGGAUUACUCGGAAGAGGAGUCUUCCUUUUCGGAGGACGAUGACGAGAUGGAUGUCGAUUUUAGCGUCAGCGGGCGUACGACGAACAAAAAGCGAAAGCAAGCGGUCAAAACUAAAGCAUCGCCAAAGUCAUUGCAGCGCGUGCAGUAUAGAAAAGCGGAUGCGCGAGAGCAAAACGAACCCGCUGGCAAGGAAGGGGACAAGUACAAGCAUGGCAAGGUUGGUGCCAAAUCGGUCAAUCCUACCACCACCGUUAAGACGUUACAGCAAAAGGCCACAUUGGCAAAGGCGGAGCAAUCCUUUAAAGGAACGCCAACAAAAAAGGACUUUUCGAAGGUUUGCCCAGGCUCAUCAUCGUCGUCAGGGUCAUCGACACCGACGAAUGUCGGCAGCAAGCAUCCACUGGGAGCAGUGCCGGGUAAAGCUGUCGCAAAACCGGACUCUAGCCAACCGAAAACGCCCACAACGACGGCCGUUUCAACGACAGUUUCGGCCACUGCUUCUGGCACUUUGUCGGUGCCUAAAAAGGAAAAGAAACCCAAAACCAAUCCACACGAUGCCGCACUAUUUAGUGACAUGUCGGCCCUAUUUUCCACUCCGGACAUCAUAAAGAAAGUUAACGCUGGCAAAGCUACUACCCCGACCAGCACUUCCGGGGCGAACAGCGGUAUUGCUGGGGGGCCAUUAGGUACCAAUACGGGUCAUCAGAGUGUAGUAACACCCGUGAAAACACCAAUUCUGGCGAAACCUGCCGAAAAGCAGAAGCAACCAGAAACGCCAAUGCAGGUGGCCGUCGCUCAUCCACUGCCCAUCGAAUUAAUCGAUGCGAUCGUGCAGGAAGAUCUACGCCAAUCGGCGGUACCCGCCGUACCUAUUGUCAAGUCUGGUAGCACCGGGCAAAUGUCCCAGCAACAACCACCACCACCACCACCACAGCAGCCGGCAGGAAUACCUGGCAUUGUAAACAUGUUGGAACAAACAUCCGCCAGUGCGGUCGAACCGAAUGGAUCAGCAAUGCUGCCCGUUCCGCUGCUACCGGAGAUGAAACCGAUUCAACCGGUGGUCGCACCUAUGGCGGAUCUUCUGCCCGACACUAGCAUCCUCGAGGCGCUCAACAGCAACGACGAUGCACUGCCGGAAGAGUUACUCGAGCACGUCGCAGAACUGGCGAAAAACAAGGAGCUACAGGAAAUACUCGACAAGCAAGUGCUCGGAGUUAUCGGCUCGGAAGGGUUGGGGCUGGUCCCACCAGUUAUUCCCAUGGCACCAGCGUCCGUAACGCAUCUCUUGCCGGAACAACCGCUGGUAGUGCAGGAAGCUUCAGCCAGCACCACAUCCACUACCCCCUCUUUCCCAACAGUUCCGACCGUGCAAAACGUUGCUUCGGAUGCUUCCCUGUCGUUAGAUUCCACCGAACCCGUACCGCAACAACCUGCAACGGUUAAAGAGCAAACCGUACCCCGGAAAGAUGCGAUACAGAUUCGUCGGAGUGAUGGUCGCGUCAUAACGCUACCACCGAUCGAAGCACCUGCAACGCGUGCCUCGAAGCGACGAGCGCAGGUAAGCGAGCCUAGCACACCGACAUCGGUCCGUAAGUCGAUCGAUCAAUCGCCGAUUGUCGUCAGUGUGGCGGCUGGCUCGGAGAUAACAGCACCCGAAACACCGAAGCUUUCUAGACGACCGUCCAUAAAGGUCGCAAGCACACCGGCAUCAUCAUCUUCGCGGCCUAUGACACCUGCCGGAACGGUCGAAACGGUUAGUUCGAACGAUCAGGCCGAACAGCAGCCUGUGGACGAGGCGGCGAAAUCGAAACGCAUCAACAAACCCCGCCAGUCGAUCGAUAAUAAUCGCGCGAAGCGAGUAAGCUCAACGAAUGUGGCCAUCGCGAUCGAAGCGGCACAGGAUGAUGAUUACGAGUCGGACGAAAGCUGGAACUCGGAGGAUGAUCCGGAUCGACUUUGGUGCAUCUGUAGACAACCGCACAACAAUCGCUUCAUGAUAUGCUGCGAUUCGUGUGAAGAUUGGUUCCACGGAAAGUGUGUCAACAUCACCAAAGCGAUGGGACAGCAGAUGGAGCAGGACGGUAUCGAAUGGACGUGUCCAAAUUGUCUGAAGAAGAAGCAGGAUCGUCAGCAACCGAAGCUAAUGGCAUUUUGGCAAAAGGCCAACGAAGCUGGAGCUACCGAUCCAUCGGCCCCAUCCGCGAAAACUCCACAGCCAGGAGGAGCAGCCGCCUCUUCGGCAGCGGCGACUGCUGUCAGUGAUGCGGCUAACAACUGUGUCGCAUGUAGCAAACAGGCUAAACCAAGCUCGAUUUACUGCAGCGAUGAUUGCAUUCGGAAGCAUGCUUCGACUACCGUUGCCAAUGCUACGUCCGCCUCCAGGCCAGACAAACCGAAGGACCGCCCCAAUGUACCGUCCACAUCGGUUUCAGUGGCGGCCGCUGUGUCUGAUUUAACGAACGACAGCCAAAUCGUCAUUGUCAUGGAACGGAAAACGGGCCGCUGUUUAACGGGGAAAAAUGCACCCCGGCUAGAGAACCUCAAGAGCUGGCUGCAGGCACACCCAACGUUCGAGCUCGUUCCGCCCACCUCGCAGCAGGGCCAGAUCAUCCUUAAAAAGCAGGCCGAAAUGCGGAAACAGCAGCUGGACAAGGAAGCGGCAGAGAAGAAAGCUUCAUCGUCCGUAAACAUCGUAACCACCACAUCCACCGGUGCAGCAGCGAGUGCACCAUCGCCCAAGGUUCAAACUCAGCUUAAAUUUAACGAACAGCGAAAGAUGAUCAUCUCGGCUUCGGCAUCAGCUUCAACUAGCACAACCGGCACCAAGUCGCAAAGUUCGCCCAAAAUUCUCUCCACAACAAGCAGCAAGGGGCAGGCAGGGCAAAAAUCAUCCCUGUCCAGUGCCAGUGGCGCUUCUCCCGGGUUGCUUGCUAAAGGCACCGGGGCGCCAGGUGCCCGAACGGUAUCUAGCUCUGCAAAUCAACAGAAGCUGCAUGUGGUAGUAUCCGGCAUUAAUAGCAGCACACCGCCGACACCUACCACACCGACAAUGUCGACGAGCAUCAACAGCAAACAGAAGAAACCGACGCAAACACCUUCGCCCGCGUCGGAUCAAACGAAGCAGUUCCGAAGCUCCAAAUCGACUACUACCCCCGCAGGAGAGAACAUUCGGGUGACGGUCAAGAAAACGUUGAAGGAACAUCUGAUGCAACGUACCGCUGAGCUACAAGAAGAGAGCACAUUUAAACGGCUCACGGAAGAGGAAAUUGACCGUUUCGUAGAGGACACCGAACAUCAAAUGUUUAUGCUCUUCAACAAAGACACGGGCAUGAAGUACCGCGCCAAGUACCGAUCAUUGGUGUUUAACAUAAAGGAUCGCAAGAAUUUAUCGCUUUUCCAGAAGAUAUCGGAAAAGCUGAUAGAACCAAAGCAAUUGGUUCGUAUGACGGCAGACGAGUUGGCGAGCCAGGAACUGGCGCAAUGGCGGGAAAAGGAAGCAAAGCAUCAGCUGGAGAUGAUAAAGAAAUCGGAACUAGAUUUGCUUGCCUGUGCGAAGAAUUACGUGCUGAAGACGCACAAAGGCGAGGAAGUGAUCGAAGGAAAAACGGACGAACGUGUUCAGCUGGAUCCAUCCGCGCCCGUUGAGGAUGUGGUUCUGCUGCUAAACAAUUCGGCCGUUAGUAGUACCAGCGAACUGGAUGACACGUCCAGCUCCUUCAUGGACGGUUCGCAUCGUUCGAAAGAUUACGACUACGGCGUGUAUGGUAAAUCGUACGCCGGCAUGUAUGGCAGUGGAUCAAUAUCUAGUAGCAGCAGCGCGCAAGCGCUCGGUACCGGAAAGGCGGACGGUCAAGCGACUGGUGGUGGUGGUGGUGCUGGUUCAUCAUCAUCUUCGUCACGCAAGAAGGAAUCUCGUCGAAGUAGCCGCAGUCGCAGCCGGGGACGCAAGCAUGAGCGCGAUCGGUCUCGAGAUCGUAGCCGAUCGAAGCACAAACGAAAGCGCAGUCGGGAACGCAGUCACGAAGGACAUUCUAGCCGUGACCGGGACCGGGACCGGGACCGGGAACGUGAUCGAGAGCGUGAUCGUGAUCGUGAACGAGAGCGGGAGCGGGAUCGGCAUCACAAGGGCCGCGAACGGAGCAAAGAUCGCAGUUCGAAGCAUGAAGCGAAAAGCUCGCGAGAUAAAGAACCGUCAGCCAAAAGUUCUUCGGAUAAACGUAGAACUUCGACUGCCAGUCGUGGUAUGGAAGCCACCGAUCCGACUCCCACCAAAGACGUGCUCGAAUCGGAACGGAAGGUUAGCAAAACUAGUGAAGCGCAAAGUAAACCGACAACCACGGGAUCGUCGAAGAAGCGGGUAGAUGGUGCGAAAGAAACGACAAAGCUACCACCAGCUGCAACGGAAACGGUGAUCAGUGAUAAGGAAACAGAAGUCAAGGACACAAAGAUCCCGCAAGUGGAACAGGCGAGCGAUGCUGCUGCCUUGGAAACGCAACCGUCGACCGUGGAAAAGAAUGACGAUGCUACAAAGCCUACUUCGAUAGCGGCUGACGUUGCUAGCAAAGAUUCGAAACCGGACCAGGACCAAGAACCGUCAAGCACGGUCACUAUUCCAACGCCACCCCACUAUCCGUUCGAUGGCCAGCCGACGGAGGAAGCGAACAGCGGUGGGGGGGUGGUCGAUCCGAAAAAGGCCGAGGCCGAAAAGAACCACUGGACGGGCAGUGUGCACAUGAUCGAUGUGGCGAGCAUCGAAAUGUCAAUACGCGCCGUCAGCGGUGAAGUUCACGAUGUGGCCAAAGGCUUUACGGAGGAUCUCAACAUUUGCGGCACCAUCAAGCCCGAAAUAGUGUGGGAAUACAUAGGGCAGAUUAAGAAAAGCCCCAACAAAGAGAUUUGCUUGGUGCGGUUCCAUUCGACGGAGGCGAGCGCCUACUACACACUGUACAAUCAUUUGCACUCGCGCAAGCGGUACAGCGUGGUGAAGUCGCCGUCGCCUUCGAUAAAGGAUUUCUACAUAUUUCCCCUGCCAGCGGAUCAAAUGAUACCGAUGAUUUUGAAGCCACUCCGGGGCAUCGGUAUUAUCGAAGGGGACAAUAAGCCGAACCUUUUGCUGGGGAUACUGGUGAAGAUUAAAGGUGGCAAACGGCCAUCAUCGUCAAAUGCGGCGAAUGCGUCCACCGCUUCCAAGAUCGUGCGCCAUCAGUCAAGAAGCACGGUUAGCUCAGCAGGCGGUAAAGCGAACGCUCUUACUACCACUCCUGGCGGUACAUCCGUAUCGAAUAAACCCGAUCUAGUGCAGCAAGUUAUCACAAAGUACGCGUCUAAAGAAUCCCCCAACGAGGCUACUGGUGUGGCGAAACCUGCCGGAUCGGAGAGUGGGUUGAAGCUCGAUACGACGGCAUCGAUGCGCGUUGAAGCGAAAGCUAGAAGCGAAUCUUCCGAUACAAAUACUCCCGAUACGCCGGUAAACGAUCCAAUGGAUGUGGAAGUUGACAUGAACAUUAUUAAGGCGCCGAUCGCAGGAAAAGCUGUAUCCACAGAAGGAGGCAGCAGUAGCAGCAGCACCACCGUAGGACUGGGUCGUGUGCCGGAAUCGAACUCGAUGCUGCUCGACGACGAUGACGAUGAACCGUACUCGCCCGGUGGUGGUAGCGAUGAUAGCAAUUUCGCCGAUGUAACCGCCAUCGUCGAUACGUCCAAGGUCCAGCGUUCCGCCGUGACCGCCUCCGAGCAUGGCGUUGAUCCGGACGAAGAACGGAUGCGGAUUGCGAUGGAUGAGUUGAACAGAAAGAUUGCCGAGCAAAAGAACGAAAUCGUAGGUCUGAUCAGUAUGGGAGAUUUCAAAGAGGAGGAAAUUAAUUCCGCCCUACCCCCGUCGCUAAUCAACGAAAUACCCAUACCACCGAAUUUGUCACAAAUUCUGGCCAGUAUUAAGGGAGGUGGCGCUGCUGCGGCGGUUGCCGGAGGUGUAACCGCUGCAGAAAGCGUUGGCGAACUUUCUUCCGGUCCGUCGUCCGGUGGAAUGGUUAGUGCCGCAGCACCGGUAGUGGUGGAACCAAUGUCGGCUCUUAUUAAUCGACCGUCCGAAGCGCAGGACGACGAGGAAGAGUACAAUCCGACGACGCCGGCUCUGUACGGUUCGUACAAAGCUGCGCCCUCGAUGCCGUACGCCGCUAUACCCGUUGCCAACAGUCAAGGUGAUAUUGACGAGCGCAUUCUACCAGCAGCGUUACUACCAGCGACCGUAGUGGCACCAGUGGCCACGUUUGAUCCUCUUACUUCCCAGGUAGCUGUGCUGGCUAACCUUGCCGCUUCUUUAUCACCGGUCGCUGGUGUCUCGCAACCGGCGGCGGCGACGGCGGCGACGUCUAGUGCCGGUGAGGGCGAGAGUCGUCUAGCGAAGCUUACUGACGAAGAGCUGCUCAGCAUGGUACCCGAUGAUGCAAUAUUACCCGAUUCUUCGUCGAAGGAUGGGUAAAGAUAUGGAAGCUGCCAGUGCAGCAUCAAGCUAGAAACAUACGAACAGUAAGGUAUGAUUGAAUGAUAAAGGAAAGGUACGUAGAAAGUGAACGUUAAAGCCGGGAAAAGGGUCGUUUAACAUAUAAGGCUUAAAGUUCCGCAAUGCAUAAUAAGCAGUUCCGAUCGUUCCGGGGUUUCACUAUGGGCCUACACUUAUACAUAGUAGUGUUAUGGGAUUCCUUGCCAUUCCUGCAAAGUGCACAAUUUGUGUUCAAAGUACUAAGCGUGGGCAUAAAUGCAAUAUACACGAGCUCAUAGCUGCACUGACCGUAGUUAGAGUGAACGUUCCAUUGCUACAUAUUGCUAGCAAUGAGAGACAUAAAUGUUUCCCUUGUUCAACAACACCGUUUCUCACAGUAAUUGCUUGAAUGGAAUGAAUAUGCGCUCUGGAUAAUGUAGGUGGAAGAUCCUGAACAGCACACGCUGCUGUAAAAGAAUAACCAAUCAUUGGUGUAUAAUGUAUUGCAGUAAUGUACUACCUAUUCGCGUAGUAAUUGCACUAGUUUAACAAUCCCUUGUAAAAAGAUUCAUGCACACGUGUCUGCACUGCUUAGCGUAAGAGCUGAAUCCGUAUGUUGUGUAAUAUAUAUAUAUCGAUAUGUAUGUGAACUAGCCGUUAGAUUAUAUUUUUGUAAAAAACAGAAGAAGAACCAGGAACAAACAUUUGGAAAUGUGAUGUCAAAAAAGAAGGGAGAUUAAAAAAAAAAACCAUUAAACCUGCAUUUAUACAUUUGAAUAGUAAGUUAGGCGGAUAGGUAUCAGCGACGCAAACUACAUUUAAAUCGAACGAUUAAAGCAAGAUACUCUUCCACUGAAAGGAUGCUGCAUAGUAGUGCUAACGAUUUGUGACUAUUCCCUGCAUGACGAUAGAAGUAAACUAUUCUAGCACCUCUGGAGGCUUCCGUGUUUCGUUUGCAAUAGUCAACACAAUUGAAGAAAUAAAUAAUGACAACAGGAACGGAAGAGAUGGCUUCGUUCUGUCGAAUGUGGCAAGGA